UCCGGAUAAUAGCGGCUACAGCCCUAAUGGUUAAAGACGCCGAUAAGCUGUCCCUGGGUCAAGAGUUACAUGUCACCACACCCCACGCCAUCGAAGGAGUACUCAAGCAGCCCCCCGAUAGGUGGAUGAGCAAUGCUCGGAUGGUCCACUAUCAGGGACUCCUGUUAAAUCCCUUGCGGACCACAUACACCCCUCCCCGAACUCUAAACCCGGCCUCGCUGCUACCCGACCCUGACCUGGACUCCCCGCUCCCUGACGGUGCCGACAUCCUAGCGCAGAUCCAUGGAACAAGGAAAGACCUACAGGACCGGCCAUUACCUGAUGCUGAGGUCACCUGGUUUACUGACGGAAGCAGCUUCGUCCAUCAAGGACAGAGGGCUCUACAGCGGGUUCAUGAGGCCGUGUGGCCUAAACUAAAAGAACUGUAUGAGGCAGAACUCCCACCCACUCCUCAUCAGUAUCAUCCAGGAGACUGGGUCCUCGUCAAGCGACGCUGGCAGGAGAACCUUGAACCCAGGUGAAAAGGACCCCACCAAAUCAUCCUGACGACUCCCACCGCCAUCAAGGUAGAUAACCUCCCCACCUGGAUUCACCACACCCACGUGAAGCCUGUCGACCCGCUAUCUGACCUCGUGGGACACACUGAUAAAAAUACUACUUGGACUGUAGACCAGAGUAAGAAAAACCCCCUCAAACUAACCUUGCGCCGUGCCUCCCCUAGACAUGUUCAAGAUAGUAACCCUUGUCCUACUAGCCCUCAACCUCAACCUCCUGGAGGUAGGACUAAAUGCCCCCGUUGACAAACAGAAAUUGUACGGAGCUCUAUAUGGAAGGCCCUGUGAUUGCAGAGGUGGUGUAGUUAGAACCCUUACCCUGCCACAUGGUAACAGACUAGUAGCCGGCUCUGUAGGAAGGGGUGGUCACUAUCAGCGAAGAUACACUCAAACCCAAGACUGUGGGACCACAAUUGCUCACUUAACCCAGACCUAUGACAUCACAGGACCCCAAAAACAGCAGUGGUUAUGUGUUGACAAACGUAAGCCCCUGCCCCCCACAGCAGAAUGCCCUUGCUCUACUUUCCAGGAGUCGAUGCAUAGCUCUUGUUAUGACUCCUAUCAGCAAUGUAUAGGGCCAGACAACUCCACUACCUACUUUACAGCUAUCCUACAGAGUAACA